AUGGCCGGGCUGCCUCGCUUCGUGGGUCCCCUCGUCGUGCUCCUGCUCCUCGUCUCCCCCGCCCAGCCCACCCCCUACAGCGACAACCUCCAGGACGCGUGCAACAAGACGUUGUUCCCCAAAGUUUGCAUCCAGUCGCUGACAACCAACCCGGAGUCCCGGACAGCGGACGCGCGCCGGCUAGCGGAGCUGUCCGUGUACGUGGCCAAGGAGGUGGGCACGACGGUGGCAGCGUUCGCUCACCACGAGCUCAACGGUAUCAAGGAUGACAUCCUGUUCAAGUGCCUCGACGGCUGCUCCGACGACAUUGAAGAGACAGUGGCGCACCUGAGCGCCCUCACCCGCGAGCCCACCAACGCCAAGUUCCUCGAGGUCAAGUCCUGGCUCUCCGCCACGCUGGGCGGCUCGUCCACCUGCGAGGAGAGCUGCAAGGACGCGCCCGUCAGCGAUGUCAAGAACGGCGUCGUAACCAAGAGCCUCGAGUUCGAGAAGCUGCUCCGCGUCACGUUAGACCUCAUCACCGAGGCGUCUGGAUCCAUGUCCGGCGUCGUCGCCGUGCCGCCCACGGCCUGGGACGCCAGCGCUCCAGGUUCCUACGGCGCCAGCGCACCUGAGUCGUCUGAGAGUGCCAGCGCACCUGAGUCGUCCGACAGUGCUAGCACGACGGGCUCUUCCGGCUCCAGCGCACCGACCUCCGAAGCACCAUCUGCUGGAGCGCCGGCGCCGUCGAACGCACCUACUUCCGACGCACCGUCAGCUGACGCGCCGACCCCCUCCUACGGAUCCAGCGCAUCGGGCUCCGGUGCACCAGCACCCUCGAACGCACCAACCUCCGACGCACCGUCAGCUGACGCGCCGGCCCCCUCCUAUGGCGCCGCCAGCGGACCAGCUGCCGAUGCACCGUCGUCAUCCCCAUCGGACUCGGACGCGCCAUCUUCCGGAGCUGCCGACUCGCCAUCCUCAGGGUCUGCCGGCGCACCAUCAUACGGGUCUGCCGCCGCACCAUCGCACGGGUCUGCCGGCGCUCCGUCACCGUCCGGCGCCGACGCUUCGUCCCCUUCCGGCGCCGACGCUCCGUCCCCUUCCGGCGCCGACGCUCCUGACGCCGAUUCGCCUGCAUGA